ACUGCACGUAAUAAUCCCCUUUCGCCCAAUCGCUGUCUCCGAGUUGCUCUCACCCAGCCCCUAUCGCCAUUGUAUUUCGAUGCAGAGAGUCAGCCAACGGGACACGGCAGCUUCCAGUUAUCCCGCGCACUUUGGAGGGAAUGGCUGAAGUAACAAGUAACUUUACCAGAAGUGUUGAGAUUCAAAUCAUCAACAACAGUGAGAACCAGAACUUAACUUGUCCUGCAGUUUACCUUUCCAGUGGUUUUAUUGCCACCUUGCCAACACCCAUUAUUCAUCCCGGCCAGAAAGGAAAUGCUGUUUUUGUGAGGACCUCGGGUACAGCUCGAGGCAGUGUUGGGGUGCUGACCUACGGAUUUGGUCAGACCCAGAUUUCAAUGCUUUUCUCCAAUCCAUAUGAUUACAACUUAUACCCAAUGGUUUCUGCUCUCUAUAUCCCUCCUGCGCCUGAAUUAACGGACGAAAGCCUAUUUAACAAGAUGUAUUACGAACUGCCACAGAGUGAGAACUUUGCGAAAGCAGAGCUGCGCACUGGGUCUGCAAAGAUUUCGGUUACUGGGGGUAAUCUUGUCAUUUCAGCCACGAUUAAAAAAAUGGAGAAAUCCCUCAUUGAUGUGGUUAUCAGAGAUGUUUAUUAGCCGAGUAAACUCUGAAUUGGCAGCCCAAAACGUAAACUGUUUACUCUUUUCCAUAGAUGCUGCCAGGCCUGCUGAGUUCCUCUCGCAUUUUGUAUGCAUUGUUUUGGAUUCUUAAAUGAUUUAUUUUCUUUUGAUUUGAUACACUCUCCAUCGUUAAUAAAACAACCCUGAUCGUUUCAUUAAAUCUUUAUAUAUGUUGACAAUA